AUAUUUUUACAUUGUCAGUGUUAUUUCUAUUGCCAACUGGCACUUGAAGAGUCUGUCAGUCCAGCCAAUGACCGCUUUUAACCCGAUCAACAAGCAAACGAAAUGAAACAAGGUUGAAGUAGGGGCAAAAAGACGAUAGCAAAACACUUGAAAACGACUAAAUACACGUAUGUAAAAUUAGAAAGCCAACUCUUCAGUGAAAACUAUAACCUUAACCUAGAAUAUGUAGCAAACGAAACAACAAAAACAUUAUGGCGACAGAAAAUUAAAGAAAUCGUUAAAUGAGGACUUUAAUAAUCUGGUUUGGGAAAAAAAUUUAAAAUGAAUAAAAAGGCGAAGAUGCCAUAAAAAUGAUUGCAACUGUUAAAAGGAUAAUUAAAGAAAAGAAAGGAAGAAAGAUGGAGAGAGAAAGGUAGUCAAACAGGAGGACAGAAGAUACAUUUAGAGAAGUCUGAAGUCUCCUCUUGUGAGCUGUAGCAGCUUGAAGUUUGUUUGACCCAGUGGUAAUGCUGACCGAGAGGUAUGGAAAUGACUGUGAAGCAUUCAGAUGAAAAGUCUAAUGUAAUAAGAACGUCGAUGGGACAUUUGGAAAUGAAUGAAGAAGAACAGUCUCUGAGGCGGGAUCUGACUUUUUUCUUCAUGAAUCCUUGUGACAAAUACAGAGCAAGACAGCAAAUACCCUGGAAGCUUGGUCUGCAAGUUCUAAAAAUAAUUAUGGUUACCACACAGCUUUUCCUUUUUGGUCUACGUAAUCAGCUUGUUGUUGCAUUCAAAGAAGAAAAUACUUUGGCAUUUAAGCACCUCUUUAUAAAAGACUAUACUGGAACUGAUGAGGAUGACUUCAGCCGCACUGUUUAUACACAGCAAGAUGUUUUCGAAGGCAUCUUAUUUGUCAUUGAUCGGUAUCAUCAUCUGAGAAAUGUGUCCGUGGGAACUCUUCGUUAUGAGACUAAUGAUGACAACAUUACCGCAAUGAACAUAUGUAAACAUCACUAUAGAAAGAGCAAAAUGUCCCCAUCAAAUGAAACAUUCUCCAUAGACCCUACUACAGAAACCGACUGUUUAAGCAUACCACCUAUGGAUCCACUUAAGGCAAAGGAAGUUGAUUGGAGGAUGAGAAAUGCAUCAUUUUUUGCAUUUGAUUUUUACAGGCUUGUACGAGUUGAAAUUGCAUUCAACCUCCAAGGUGUAGAUCUACAAACAAUACACGCAAGUGAACUACCCGACUGCUAUGAGUUUGACAUUAUUAUCACCUUUGACAAUCAGGCACACAGUGGUGUAGUUAAAAUAUAUUUCGAUAGUGAUACCUUUAUUCAAGACUGCGAUGACUGGCAUGUGUCAGGAACAGUACAGAAAAACACUCAUUGCCUUCUGAUUUUUGAUGCUGUUGUUAUCCUGAUUUGCCUGACUUCACUCAUCCUCUGCACAAGAUCGAUCAUCCUUGCAGUGAAGCUUCAAGAGAGAUUUGUGAAGUUCUUUACAAAGAAGUACAGUCAGCAGGUGGAUCGUAGUGACCGAUUAGAAUUUGUAAAUGGAUGGUACAUUUUAAUAAUUAUCAGCGAUUUAAUGACCAUUUCUGGAUCUGUGAUGAAAAUGGAAAUAAGCUCAAAGAGCCUUACCAGUUAUGAUGCUUGCAGUAUUUGCCUUGGAUCAUCUACCUUACUUGUCUGGGUUGGAGUCAUCCGUUACCUUGGCUAUUUCCAGAAAUAUAAUGUGCUUAUUUUAACCAUGCAAGCUUCAUUUCCCAAAGUGUUACGUUUUUGCUGCUGUGCUGGCAUGAUUUACCUUGGUUAUACUUUUUGUGGAUGGAUUGUAUUAGGACCUUAUCAUGAAAAGUUUGAGGAUUUGACCACAGCAGCAGAGUGUUUGUUUUCCUUACUUAACGGAGAUGACAUGUUUGGAACAUUUGCAGAGAUACAGAAGAAAAGUAACUUAGUGUGGCUUUUUAGCAGACUGUACCUCUACUCCUUCAUCAGCCUGUUCAUUUACAUGGUUCUUAGCCUGUUUAUUGCCCUUAUCACAGACUCCUAUGAGACCAUUAAGAAAUACCAGCAGAAUGGCUUCCCUGUAACUGAUCUGCAUGCAUUUUUGGAAGAAUGUAAUGACCUUCCAGAUUCAGAGACGCUGGGACAUAAGCAAGAAGACUCGAAUCAAAAUCCAUUCAUCUGCUGUUGUAAAAGACGAGGAAGUGGUACUGGAUUAUUGCUCAUUACUUGAUUUGAAAAGGAAGACCAAACAUCCUGGACCCUUGGAAUUCUCCACAAAAGUGUUGAGCAAGCUGCACUUAAAUUUUUUGACAAAACUGUUGAACACGUUGCACUUUGAGAACAGUUAUUGUGAACAGUAAGGGCUGACUUGGUGGUUUAUGCAACAGUCAGUUUUAUUAAGUACAAAGAACAUUGUAUCUGCAAGGUAAAUAACCAUGGUUAUAACUGCAAGAAAUUUUUGUAGGGGGUUCUUGGAAAUACAAUGGAGCAUGCUAUGUUUCUUUUAUUGCUUAAAUGAGCAUUAGAUAGUUCUAUACAGACAAAAUGUCCCUGUCUCUCUCUCUCUCUCUCUAAUAUGUAAUCAUUAAUGCUUGCUAAGAACUUUUUGCAGACUAAUAUAUGCAUUUUUUUUCAAAAAACACAUCCUGAUGCCAGCAGGUAAAUAAUGUUUGCCUAGGCAAGCAGAAAGCACUUAUUUUUGGCAAUAGAGUCUGCCCAAGAGCAGACUUCAUUGACAAAAAUCAUUAGCAUUUAUGGUGGUGGUAAAAAUAUCUGUGUAAUAAAUGACUCAUUGGAAAGUA